GUCGGCUCGGGUGCGAGGUGACUCGCCUUAACUGGCUCGAUGGUGUGAUCGUGUUCGAGAUUUUGUUUUUAAGAAUUGGAUUUUUGCGGCCAGUGUUUGGUGGACUUUAAUAUGUCUGAGCUGCGUGGGUCGCCGCCUCUUUCUAGAGGGGUCCUGGAGAAUGGUUUCGGGGCUCCGCUGGCCGCUUUGAGUUCUUUGGCGGAGGCUCCGCCGCCGGCUCCGAAUCCUCACGGCAUAGACCACAUAUUGUCUAGACCUACAGUGGGCAAUAAUGUGGGAGCUGGUCUGUUGACCCCGAGGCUGUCGCUGGCGGCUGCUGCAGCAGGAAUGGCACACUACCUCCAGCACAAGCCCCUGUACUGGCCAGGCUUUCAGGGACUAGUCUCCAAUCCCAUGGCAUGGAGAGACCGGCUGCAAUCUAUGAGCAACGGUGCGCUGAGCGCUUGCGCAGGCCAGGGCGGGCUAGACAAGGACGGCAAGAAGAAGCACACGCGGCCCACCUUCAGCGGACAGCAGAUCUUCGCCUUAGAGAAGACGUUCGAGCAGACCAAAUAUCUUGCGGGUCCAGAGAGGGCGAAACUUGCGUACGCGCUGGGAAUGACGGAGUCUCAAGUCAAGGUAUGGUUCCAAAACAGAAGAACUAAAUGGCGGAAAAAGCACGCAGCCGAAAUGGCAACGGCAAAACGCAAACAAGAAGAACUGGGAGAGGAAUGCGAUGACCAGGAGCCCCACGACAACGACCCUUGCAGUGAUGAAGACGAUUCCAAGCGACCCAGGCUCGAUAUCCAUCACCAACACAUCCCACAUCACCAAAUACCUCAUCACCGCCAGUGAUCCCAUCCCACAGGCUCCGCCGAGGUCAACAAACCUCACGAUGCCUGUACCAGUGAAAUUAGUGACGUGAAAGACUUUAAAGAACUCGAUAUCGAUAACGACAAUAGUGUUAGCACUCGCAGUUUCGAUAACGAUUACGACGAAUUCAAAUUCGUCAAUUACAAAGACGAGAGCAAGUGUCAGGAGUAUUCUAGAGAUGUUAAAUAUAAUACAGAGAGAAAUGUUGAUUCUAACGGGUAUUAUUUGAAUUUUGGUAACAUUUAUCCUGAAUAUGUUACGCCGAGAACAUUUUGCAAAGAAGCCAAUGAAGAAGCGCCUUACGAUCUGUCUAAUUGGCACGUUAGAAGUUCCAAAUUCGAAAAUCUCGGUAACGACAGGGUUGCUAAUAACAGUGAAGUUGAAAAUGAGGAAACUUUAAAUAAUGGCGAUGAAAACCCUGACGAUAACCAACCUAUAAAUUUUGCAUACUAUCACUUUUAACGAAAAAAAUUAAACUAGCGUUUUAUUUCGUCUGUAAAUAGUUGUUUUAAGUAGUCAUGUGAUAAAUGAUAAGUUAUUUAUUAUAGCUAGAUUUUACAUGAUACCUAAGUGUAUUUUGUAAGGUAAUUAAGUAUAUCUAAUGUACAUUUUAUCUAAAACUCCCGGUGCCAAUUUUCCUAAAUAAGUAGUGAUGCCAAUUUAUUUUUGAAUUUUCAGAAAUAAUACAAUAAGUGUUUUAGUAAAGAAAACAAUCUUAAGCUAUUGCAUCGAUUUUCGCAUAUAAAUUAGUACGUAUCAUAAAUUUAAAAAAUUGUUUUCCAAUCGCAAAAAUGUUUUCUUUUUAUAUCUUGCCAGUAAUAUGACUAAUAUUUUUGUGUAAAUAUAUGUCCAAGAAAUUGUAUAUAUGAAUACUGAAACUAAACGAAUGUCGUAUGAUAUAAUGUUGACGUUUGUGCGCAAUAUGUAUAUUUUACAUGUAAGUGAUAAAUUGUAAAUAUAUAUUUAAACGAAUUUACAAGUAACAUAACCGAACUACGAGUAGUGACCACGCAGAGAAUAAACGAAUUGUAACAGCCAGAGAGGACAAAAUUACAUUUGAAAUAUAAGAUGAUAAUGCAUGAAAAAAUAUAGCGGCAGUUGUGUGUUUAAACUUAUUAUUUUAUUAAGUCUACAAAAACUCCUAGAUUCAACGAUUUUAAAUCUGUGUAUGUUUUUGUUAUAAACAUUUUCAUAAUUGGUGACCAAAGUGUUAUUUAACAUGCACCUGUGUGCACAGUUUGUCCUCUGAGGUUUGCAUCUUUUUCAUCCACAUAUUUCAGAGCUUACAUAUUCAUAAAUAGCUUUCUUGAAAUUAUAAGUACUUAGCCUCAGUUAGCUUUGACGUUAACAUUAACCUGCGCGCCGCCGCUGAUUAGAUAAAAUGGCGAAUUUUGCGUUGUUGCUUAAAGUUAUCGUCACUGGUGCAACUGAGGCUUAAUGACUUAUAAUUAAUUAUUAUGAAUAUAUUGCAUUUCAAUAAUAAAAAUAAUAAUGAAUAUAUCGCAUUUCAAUACCAUACAUUUAUUAAUGGAUUUUGUUUACAUAAUAAUCGACUACGAAUUAAAAUUAGAAGAGUAUUUUAAUUCAUUUUAUAAAUUGAAUGUGUAAGCUUUGAUAUAAGUCAAAUAGAUUAUAUAAAUAGUGAAUGAGCUUUAUAUAUUGAUCGCCUAUAUGCACUAACAUAUAUGCUUGUCAUAUAAACCCACCAAAUAUGAUAUAAAAGAUGAAAUAACUCAUAUAAGCACGUACGCGGAGAAUCUACAUUGUGGUUGAAAUAAACAGUUAGUAAAAAA